AUGUCUCUGGAGGUAGAAUCCGCAGACGUGAUCCGCCUCAUAAUGCAGUAUCUGAAGGAGAAUAACCUUCAGCGCAGCCUUGCCACACUCCAAGAGGAGACCACGGUGUCACUGAACACGGUGGACAGCAUAGAAAGCUUUGUGGCAGAUAUUAACAGCGGCCACUGGGAUACUGUCUUGCAAGCCAUCCAAUCCCUAAAGUUGCCUGAUAAGACCCUCAUAGACCUCUACGAACAGGUGGUGUUGGAGUUGAUUGAGCUAAGAGAGCUGGGUGCUGCUCGUUCUUUACUCAGACAAACCGACCCAAUGAUCAUGUUGAAGCAAACCCAGCCUGAAAGGUAUAUACACUUGGAAAACCUACUGGCUCGCUCCUACUUUGAUCCAAGAGAGGCUUAUCCAGACGGCAGUAGUAAGGAGAAGAGAAGAACAGCCAUUGCCCAGGCCUUGGCUGGUGAGGUCAGUGUGGUGCCACCAUCACGUCUGCUGGCUCUGUUGGCACAGUCUCUAAAGUGGCAGCAACACCAAGGCUUGCUGCCUCCUGGUAUGACAAUUGAUUUGUUUAGAGGAAAAGCUGCUGUAAAAGAUGUGGAAGAUGAACGUUUCCCCACACAGCUCAGCCGACAGAUUAAGUUUGGCCAGAAGUCCCAUGUAGAAUGCUCGCGAUUCUCCCCAGAUGGACAGUACCUGGUCACUGGUUCUGUGGAUGGCUUUAUUGAAGUAUGGAACUUUACCACAGGGAAAAUUCGGAAGGAUCUAAAGUAUCAAGCACAAGAUAACUUCAUGAUGAUGGAUGACGCAGUGCUCUGCAUGUGUUUUAGCCGAGACACUGAGAUGCUGGCCACUGGAGCCCAGGAUGGGAAGAUUAAGGUGUGGAAGAUCCAAAGUGGCCAAUGCCUUCGGCGGUUCGAGCGUGCUCACAGUAAAGGAGUUACAUGUGUGAGCUUUUGUAAAGAUGGCACUCAACUUCUCAGUGCCUCCUUUGAUCAGACAAUCAGAGUUCAUGGCUUAAAAUCUGGUAAAACAUUGAAGGAGUUUCGUGGCCACAGCUCUUUUGUGAAUGAGGCGUCCUUCAGCCCCGAUGGACACCAUAUCAUCAGUGCCUCCUCGGAUGGGACUGUAAAGGUUUGGAAUGUGAAGACUACCGAAUGCACAAACACUUUCAAGCCUCUGGGGACAUCAGCUGGCACGGACAUCACUGUCAACAAUGUGAUGCUGCUUCCUAAAAACCCAGAACACUUUGUGGUGUGCAAUCGCUCCAAUACAGUGGUCAUUAUGAACAUGCAAGGACAGAUUGUCAGGAGUUUCAGUUCUGGUAAAAGAGAAGGAGGAGACUUUGUGUGUUGCACCCUGUCACCAAGAGGAGAGUGGAUCUACUGUGUGGGAGAGGACUUUGUGCUUUACUGCUUCAGCACACUCACAGGCAAACUGGAGAGAACUCUGACUGUUCAUGAAAAAGAUGUGAUUGGGAUCGCGCACCACCCUCAUCAGAAUCUUAUUAGUACCUACAGUGAGGACGGCCUGCUUAAACUGUGGAAGCCUUAG